AUGGCCGCGGCCCGCGCUCCCGGAGCCGGCUCACCUAGCGCAGCGGGACGGGUUCGGCGGGGUGCGGCGCAUCGCCCCCGCCGCCACCGCCGCCGCCUGCUGGCCCUCUCCCCCCGGGCCUCGCCGCUCCGGCCGCCCGCCGGCCCACGAGCCCGGCGAGCCCGACCGAGGCGCACCGCAAGCACAAACUUUGUGCGAGCGCGCCCCCUCUGCCUCGCGCGCGCGCUCACACCCGCCCGGCAACCACCUGACACGCUGAUGCUGGCGGCUGCAGGAAACGUGCAGCGCCCCGCCGCGCUUCCCCGAAAUCUGCCGCUUCCCCGAAACCUGCCCCUUCCCGCGGGCGCCCGGACCCUGCGCCUCGCGCGGUUCUCUCACCCCGACCCGCCGUCCACCUCUCUCGGCCAAAGGGUUGAGUCUCAGGGGAUAGUUGGGACGGGAGCGGGCUCCCGGCCACCCCGCCCGCGCCUUUCCAGGCACCCGUGCCCGACGACCUCCACCUGAGCCCGGGAAACGGGCUGCGCCUAGCGGCUCCCAAGGGACCUCUUUUCUCGCAGCCAACCCGCGGCCUCCACCCCAUUGCCUGCGGCCGCUGCUCCACACAUUGCAGUGCAGACGCCUUGUGGCCUUGCGGGCCUCUCCUGUAUGUAUCAGAGCGCGGAGUCCGGCCUGGGAAAGGGGCAGAAAGACAGUUGUGAAGUUGCCUUAACCUGCGCAUUGGGGUCUCUAGGUAGCGGUUCUCAGGACUGGGCCGCAGACGUGUGCCCUGCGCCCUGUACGAGGGCUGCCCGUGUGGAGGUGCGCUCCGCAGGCGUGAACCGUAUGGGGCCCAGACGCUGCCGCCUGGCGUCGGUGGAUGUGGGAGACGUGGGGACAGCUUUCCUACAACGUCAGUGCGCGCAGAAGACCUGGCCAAGACGAGCGGCCCACCCGCUGCUUGUCCAAAUGGUAGUGCUGAUAAUUUCAGUAGCUAAUGAUUGAGUGCAGUUGUGCUAAGUGCUUUCUAUACAUUACCUCAUUUAAUCCACCCUCCCUGAUACAAAGAGAUCGCUGUCGUAAAGAUGAGAAAAUGAAGGUUUAGAGAAUAAAAUGCCUCAGAUCCUACAACUAAUAAACAGCAGACAGAGCUCUGACUUGGACUGAGGUCUGUCUGACUCCUUGUAAUCACUGCUGCACCGCCCUAAUAACACACUCAUUAUCACGGCCACAGACCAUCACUCCAGCCACAGUCAUAGCUGUCUUCCCUGCCGCAAUGUUCUGGACCUGAAAGCCUUCCUCUAUUUCAUUUAUAUAUUUCCUUAUAUUUGUAUGCUACCUUGUCCUUAAAACAGAAUUCAAGAUAGCUUACAAGAGCAUAUAACCUACAAAAAGAAGUGUGAAAUGAAAAAUGAGGCACAGAAGAUGGAGCCAAAAAUGAACAUCAUUCAAAAUAAAUGCAUCUCCUAGGGUCCAAUACCCUUGCUACAAGUGGUACCAAAAUUUGUCUCCUGCAUUUCUAGCAGUCAAGUUUAAAGAGAGGCCUGGUCUAAAAUUCAAUUCCUAUCACAUGCAAGACCAAAAACAAAACUGCUCAAAAGAUCUCCCUUUCUUGAUACUGAGACCAACAAGAAAUUUCUCCAGAGAAUCCUUAUGAAUACUGGGUGAUAUAAACAGCCAAGUCCUCAGCUGCAGCUGCAGAAGAGAGGACCCGAGGGAUCUAAGGCUUAAGAGAAGCAGCCUAACAUGUCCUAGGUCACAGAGCUGGUCAGUGGGAGGGGAGAGAUUCAAACUAGAAUCUCAUGGACUCCCAUCCGUUACACACGGAAAUUUUGCCUGGAGAGCCGGCCCCGGCUGUUACUGGAGCAGUGGUGAGUUAUGGCCCCAUAGGGCUGCAGGGCCAUUCUGAGGCCAUGUAACCCACUUUCUUCUCCUUAGGCAGCACAUCCCCAGCCAUUCCACCAAAAUGUUGUUGCUCCUAUCUGAAAACAGUUGUAGGAAGUUAUUCCACUGCCAAGCCUGGCGAGUCUGUAGGGGUUUUAUGACCCUUGGACACGGGGUUUAGCCUAACGAUUCUGAGUAUUCCUGUCUGAAAACCAUCCAUCUGCUGAAACCCGAACUAAUGUUAUUUUCUGUUUAGCUUCCUACGGGUAGGAAAUGAAUCCAGAGAAGUUGCCACUUGAAACUGGAGUGUACAUAUGGUGCUAGUCUUAGGACGACUGUGGAUCCAAAGAAAGUUUUUAUUAUCAGUCUCAUUAUAAUAUUUAUUUUCCCUAUUAUAUGAAUUGUAAAGUAAAAAGCAGCAAUGACUUGGGUUUGGUCCUUGUUUUAGUGGUCUUGUUACUCUAAGUGUGCGUCAAGGAUCAGCAGCAUCUGCAUCACCUGGGAGCUUGUUAUCAGUGCAGAACCUCAGGUCCCA